UCUCUCCAUCAGUUCCCGCGAUUCGAGCGCUACUACGGCGCAAAGCAUGGCAUCUCUGCGCCCCGAGAACCCGCUCUCCUCCGCUGCGCACCUCUGCGUCUUUCUGCUGACCGCCUCGGCCUGGAUGGCACUGCCGGGACCCAGCGGAGCUUUAACCCGGCGCGGCGGGGAGGAGGAGGACCGUGUGUUGGACAUGGGCGGCGGUGGACGAGGCUCCCCGCCGGGCUUACCGAGGGAUGUUGACGAGGAAUCCGUCAGCGUGGAGAGCUCGGGCCGCUUCAGGAGGGCUCUGUCCCGGGAUAAACAAAUGUCUCUGCUCAGCAGUUCGUUCGUGCUCAAAGGGGAUGCGACCCACAACCAGGCGAUGGUCCACUGGACAGGAGAGAACAGCAGCGUUAUCCUCAUCCUGACCAAGUACUACCACGCUGAUUCCACCAAGGUGCUGGAGAGCUCACUGUGGAGGUCUACAGACUACGGCACCACCUACACCAAACUCAAUCUGAUGCCGGGGACUACCAUUGUAGUGACCAGCUUCUACAUCUGCCCGACUAACAAGAAAAAGGUGGUGCUGGUGGGCUCCUCCAUAAAUGAAAGAGAUCAGAUGCUGUUUAUCAGCACGGAUGAAGGCUCCUCCUUCCAGCGCCAGUCCAUCUCGUUCACCCCGGACACGCUCAUCUUCCACCCGAAGGAGGAGGACAAGCUGCUGGCCUACUGCAAGGAAGGCAGGCUCUUCGCAUCCACAGACCUGGGACGGAAGUGGACCCUGCUGCAGGAGCGGGUUACCAAGGACAAAGUCUACUGGUCCGUGUCUGGAGUGGAUGUGGAUCCAGAUCUUGUUCACAUGGAAAUGCAGGACACAAGUGGAGGUUACCUGUACGUCACCUGCCUCAUCCAGAACUGUUCAGACAAAAUGGUGACGGCUCAGUUCCUUGGAAAAAUCGACCACAACUCCCUUCUGGUGCAGGAUGACUACAUCUUUGUCAAGGUCACCACAGGAAACCGCACCAAGCAUUUUGUGUCGUAUCGCCGCAAUGAGUUUGUCCAGAUGAGGUUUCCUAAGUACGCCUUACCAAAGGAUGUUCAGAUCGUGAGCACAGAUGAGAACCAGGUCUUCCUCGCCCUCCAGGAGUGGUACCAAUCAGACACUUAUAACCUGUACCAGUCGGACCCUCAGGGAGUUUACUACUCCAUCGUCCUGGAAAACGUCCGCAGCACCAAACAGCCAGAGGAGAACGUCCUCAUCGACAUACUCGAGGUUCGUGGAAUCAAAGGAGUCUUCCUGGCCAAUCAGAAAAUCGAUGGUAAAGUGACGACUCUCAUCACCUAUAACAAAGGAAGAGACUGGGAAUAUUUGGCUCCACCCACUACGGACAUGAACGGGAAGCCGGUCAGCUGCAAAGCGCCGGACUGUCACCUCCACCUCCACCUGCGCUGGGCAGACAACCCCUACGUGUCCGGGACGGUCCACACCAAAGACUCUGCUCCGGGGCUCAUCAUGGGUGCUGGUAACCUCGGCUCCAAGCUGGUGGAGUAUAAGGAAGAGAUGUACAUCACCUCGGACUGUGGGAAGACGUGGAAACAGGUUUUCGAGGAGGAGCAUCACAUCCUGUAUUUGGACCACGGUGGAGUCAUUGUUGCCAUAAAGGACACCUCGAUCCCCCUGAAAAUACUCAAAUUUAGCAUUGAUGAAGGACGGACAUGGACUGUACAUAACUUCACCAGCACCUCUGUGUUUGUCGAUGGACUCCUGAGCGAGCCAGGAGAUGAAACGUUGGUCAUGACUGUGUUCGGCCACAUCAGCUACAGGUCAGACUGGGAGCUGGUCAAAGUGGACUUCAGGCAGUCUUUUCCUCGUCAGUGUACAGAGGCUGACUACGACUCCUGGCAGCUCACAGACCUGCAGGGAGAGAAGUGCAUCAUGGGCCAGGAGCGGAGUUUCAGGAAAAGGAAGGACACGUCAUUUUGCAUCAAAGGAAAAAGCUACACGUCGACUCUGACCUCCAAACCAUGCCAAUGCACGGAGAGAGACUUCAACUGUGACUAUGGCUUUGAACGGUCCCAAAUGGAGGGGAAACGCUGCUUCGCUGACUUCUGGCAUGAUCCGGAUUCACCACCUGAAGACUGCCAUCUAGGACAAACCUACGAGUCCAGCACUGGCUACAGGAAGGUGAUCUCUAACACAUGUGAAGGUGGGAUAAACAAGCAGCAGAGCGCCAAACAGCACAACUGUCCUCUGCUGCCCCCUAAAGGACUUCAGGUUGGCAUCAAAGGGCAGAUGUUAGCCGUGGCACCCGGUGAUGACAUCACUUUCAUCGUGCAUCAAGAACAGGGAGACACCAGCAGCACAAAGUACCAGGUGGACCUCGGGGACGGGGUCCGGGCCAUCUACCAGAACCUGACGGUGACCGAUGAGCCCAUCCAGCAUCGAUACGAACAUCCGGGAGUUUAUAAGGUCACAGUGACGGCGGAGAACAUGGCGGGGCAUGACGAGGCGACCAUGUACAUCCAGGUCACAGCCCCACUGCAGGAAGUUCACCUGGAGGUGGUUCCCAUCGCAGGAAGAAACCAACAGGUGAAUUUGACGGCCAUUGUGCUUCCUACUGAAGCAAACACGACCGUUUUCUACUGGUGGAUAGGAGACAACCUGCAGCCGAAGCUGACUCUGCAGAACAGCCUUCUGACUCGGUUCACAGAGACCGGAGACGUUUCAGUCACCGUCCAGGCUUCUAAUGGACGAUCCAUGGUGCAGGACACCAGGACCGUACGAGUCUACGAUAACUUCCAGGUGAUCCCUCUGAGCUUCAGCAGAAACCUGGACCGAUUCAACCCAAACAUCCCAGAGUGGAGAGAAGACAUCGGCCAGGUGGUCACCAAAAUACUCACAAAGAUCACAGGUGUCCCUCAGGAGUCACUGGUUACAGUGGUGAAGCCGGGCCUCCCCACCACAGCUGACCUGUACGUCCUCCCACUGGACAGCAAACCAUCUAAGAAGAACAUGUUUGUAGACAAGCGUAUCCCAGCCAUCAUGCAGGCCUUUAAUGACAACAACGUCAGCUUUGUAGUGCGGGGAGGUCUGAAAGUGAUGGUGAUGCUGGCAGACCCAAAUGCAGGGCUAGGUCUUAUUGCUAAUGGCUCCACAGCUACAACAGCAGAGAAUGGCUACCAUGGAGCAGCUGGAGGUCCAGGUGUUUGGGCUGGGGCUAUCAUCUUCUUAAUCAGCCUCAUCGCCACCGGCUCCUUCAUCCUCUACAAGUUCAAAAGUCCUUUGCUUAGGGCUGAGGAUGCCUAUCCCCCGCUGUUUUUCAGGAAGCUUCCGGGCAGCCGCAACGUCUACGCCCAAAUGCACAACGAGAAGGAGCAGGAGAUGACCAGCCCCGUCAACCACAGCGAGGACACGCAGCACAUCAUCCAGGGCGAGGAAUUCAUCGACGACGACCUGGACUCGCAGACUCUAGGUAACGCAGGAGGCAACCACUCAGGUGUGGUCCUGAGCAUCAACUCCAGAGAACUGCACAGUUACCUGACCAGCUGAUGGCUGCCAUGGCAACGCUAACGAGCUAGCUCAGCCUAGCCGGCUAACGAGCACAGGGACUCCACUCUGCCUUCCUCCUUUUUUCUUCCCCCCCUUUUUUUUCUUUGUUUCUUCUUCGUUGGACACUUCACCUCCACUCCAUGGCCUCCUCAACCUCCUCUGCUCCAGCUUUCGUGUUUUUUUUUUUUGUUUUUUGUUUUUUUCUCUGGAGAAAGGACUGUUUCCCCCAUCUUAAUCUCCUUUCAAUGGGAGUCUUUACUUUUUAUAUUUCACUUUGUUCCUCUUAACACUUGGCGCAGCAGCCCUGGAGACAAGCACUGACACCCUCAGAGGACAGAGGUCCUGAAGACGUCACACUAAGAAUCCUCACUUAUCUGUGUUUUUGAAGAAAAACAUGUGUACGUUCUCUGUUACUUAUCAACACUCAGAAAGCAUGACUCACUGCGCUGGUUUCAUUCACAGUCAGAGAAGGUGUGACCGUCUUUACAAGGAUGCAGUGUGCACAAAUGUAAAGUCAAAUUCACCAUAUUCACAGGGUAGAGUUUUCCUUUGACUUCCAGCUGAUGUAGAGGAUGACAGAGUAAAUCUUUCAGUAUCUCAUCAUGCACAUCCUACCCUGCCACUGAUUGGUUCAAAUCUGUUGCCUUUGCCCGUUUGGAGGGGUUACGCCAACUCCAAACACUCCUCCAAAAAAAAAAACAUUCCUCCAACAAAACUAAAUAUUUGAUUUUUUUUUUUUUUUUCAGUUAAAAAAUGUUAGUGUAGAUUUUUGUGUAAUUUUGCAAAAUUGUAGGUAAUGUGCAGAACUUUUAGGCAUUUUUGAGCCCGAAUUAGAGGCUGAAGUAAGAGGUGUAAUGGCGAGUAUGCCCACCUGAGGCCACUAUGAGGUGGGGAAGGAAGAUCGACACAACCCCAGUAGCUCUGGAUGUCCUUGCAUCAAACCUGUGCAACAUAAAAUUAAUCUGGUGAAACAAUAAUAAAGUCCACACCUUUAGGUCAGAGUGAGGGGUGGAUGUGGUGAGUAAGCACAGCCUAGGGCAGGGGUUCAAGAACUUUUUAACCCAGGACCCCCAAAAUAAUGGUGCCAGAGACCAUGACCCCUACUGUACCUGAGGGUCCUACUGUAACUGAAGGCCCUACUGUUCCCAUGGCCCUAGUGUACCUGAAGGUCCAACUGUACCUGAAGGACUUGCUGAACCUGAAGGCAGUACUUUCAAGAAGGCCCUGCUGUACCUGAAAGCCGUACAGUACCUGAAGGCCCUACUGCACCUGAAGUCCCUUCUGUACCUGAAGCCCCUAUGGCACCUGAAGGCCAUUCGAUACCUGAAACCAGUACUGAACCUGAGGACCCUAUGGUACCUGACAGCCCUUCUGUACCUGAAGGCCGUACUUUAUCUGAUUGCCUGACUGUACCUGAAGGCCCUACCAGGGGGUCGCAACCCCCGCUCUAGUAGUAUUAGUGUGGUUGCCAUGAGCCCCAGGUCGAGUUGUGGAUGUCUCAAAGGUUGGUGGUUUCUGGGCAUAAUGCCAGGGGUGAAAAGGCUCGGACAAAAGAGAUGCCAUUGUGCUUGACCUUGGCUGCACACACGUGUUGACGUGGGUCAAGCUUACAACACUCUACAGUACUUCCCCCAUAAUUUACCUAAGUAAAACAAGAGCUUUAAAAACACUUAGAAUCCAAGCACACUUACACAAAAACCUGCUUACUUAUACUAAAAGGAGAAAAUGUAAACUGUCCUCUAGCUCAUGGUGGUUGUGGCCCCAAGGACUGAAGGGCAUUCUUUUUAUUAAUCUGAGCCCACAGUGAACUAAAGUCAGAGGAAAAUGGCUGCUGUGUGACUAUGGUGAAUUACAGCUAAUUUUUUAUAUACUCUUGCUCUCUUUUGAGUUAUUCUGUCCUUUUCCCCACAAUGACUCUCUUCAUAGGCAAUAAUAUCCUCUCUCUGUGGAAUGUAGGAUUUGAUAAACCCUUGUGGACUGCAUAUGACAACAUACAAACACAAGAGGGCGUUGUUGCACUUUCUGAAAUCCCCUCACAGUCACAAAGAGAGAUCAGAAUAAAUACUGUAAGCUCACCUUUUCAGACCCCGCUCCAUUCAUAGACUUCACAUCAGAGGAGUUUGUAGGGUGGCGUUUAUAUCAGCGCCACCUUUUUUGUCCAUCCCAUGGUGCCUAAAACAGCAGAUAGGAAUCUGCUCAGUAACAUUACCUGUUAAGUUUAUUUAUUUCUAGAAACAGAAUGCCCCUCCCUCCUCCUCCUCUCCCUCUUCCUCCCCACUUUCCCCGGGUCAGAGAGACUCCUGGAGACAAAGGUCGCUGUCAUGGAGGGAAGGUGUAGUUGAUAUUUUACUGAAUCAGCCUAUAUUAGGCAUAGCCCGCGGUGGAUUCAUGUCUCCUCAAAGGUUUGGUUUGUUGUGUGUAAAUGUGUAAAUAUGAACAAUCUCCACUUUGUAUAUAUAGUCCCUUUGACAUGUGUGAGUGUUUUACACUUCUACCAAAUUACACAGCCAUUUAUUUUGGAGUGAACCUUCACUGAGUCGAGUGAAAAAUUCUCACUGUUUACAAUCCCUCAACGCCACUGUAGGGCUGGGCAAUAUCGACCAAAAAUCAUGCCUCCAUCUCUUUUACGUGAAAGUAACAUAUGCCAGAUAGAUGACCAUAAUAAUGAAUAUCCAAUAUUGGGAAAUUUUUCUUUGUUUUCUAUCCAAAAUUGCAGAUGAACUCCAAUGCACUAUCAAAAUUGUACAAAAGCAUUGGCAACAUGUACAGGUGGUCAAAAUUGUCUCCACUUUUAAAUACCAUGUGUUUUACAAUGAUCAAAUCUCACUAAAUGCAUCAGUCCUUUGUAUCCAAAAGUACAGGAACAUAACAGUCAUAAGUCAUAUUUAUGACCAAAAGAGAGAAAGCAAUGUCCAAACUGCAAAAAUAUGUUGGCAACAUUUGGAAAAGUGGUUAGAACUAGCAUUGAGUGGAGUAAAUCCUUUCCUCUGACCAGUUCUACCCAUCCAUCUGUCUUUACCCAGAGUUCAUGACCAUAGUUGACGGUUGGAAGGAAGAUUGACCGGUAAAUCAAAAACUUUUCUUUCCGGCUCAGCUCAAUCUCCGCCACAACAGUCGCAACACUGCUGAUGCUGCACCAAUCCGUCUAUCAAUCUUGCACUCCCUUUUCCCCUCCCUCGUGAACAAGACCCCAAGAUACUUGAACUCCUUCACCUGAGGCAGAGACUCAACCGAAGGAAGCAAUCCACAGUUUUCCAACAGAGUACCAUGGCCUCGGACUUGGAGGUGUUAACACUCAUCCUUGACUUGUUGUAUAGCCUAAAUGAGCCAAGGGAAAUUCAGAAUAAAGAGCAUUCUGUACAAACAAGGUGGGUUCCUCUACAGCAGUGGUUCUCAACUGGUGGUUUGGGGCUCAAAAGUGGAAAAUAAUGUGGCAAGAAGUCUAUGUAGUCUUAUAUAUGUCAUUUUCUUUGGAAAACAAUGCUCUUUUUUCCAAAAUAGAGAGGGAAAUUCUCCAUAAAUCUUCCUGCUUUCUCAGCAGUUUGGAGAAAAAUAAGAUGCAUGCAUGCAUGUUUGCUUUGUCCUGUCUCUUUGUUCGACCAUCUUUUGUUCCGUUUGGGUUCAAAACUGUAACUUUUUUCCUCAGAUACACUUGAGUGGUUGGAAAGUUUAGGGUUAGGGUUAACCCUAAGGAGGUUUUGGUGAGUCUGGAUGUCCAACCAGUUGAGAGCUACUGCUCUACAGUAAUGCUAACCAGUUUUAAAUUUUAAAGUAGCAGCCAGAAGUUCUGUGUUUAUCUUGCCCAUUGAACUGAUAUGAGGAAUUAAAGCUCCUCCAGUGGUUAAAGUUAAGACGUUAAGAGAACUUUAUCAAUCCAAUUCUGCUUGUGACCCUCGUGAGGAAAUGGAGGAGAUACAUGUCAAACAACUUAUUUAACUACCAAUUUGGUCAUGCAAAUCUGCUUAAACAGGGGAAAUAUGUCCCUCUAUCAUUUUCCAUUUUUGGCCAAGAGAUGAGUGCAGCUAGCAGUAAAAUUAGGCGAGCCCUCUAUUCUCUAGAUUUUUAGCACGAGAUGAGAGUAAGAAAGUCCUGACAAGACAAAAACUGUCUUACCCUGCAUGUCUGAAAUGAUAUUGAUAUAUCUUAAUAACUAGACUUAUUGCCCAGCCCUACACCAUUGCCUGCUUCACAUACACUCCUUUUUUCUUCCAUUGUAAUCUCAUGUGUAAGAUAAUUAUUUUGGUCUUCAUUGUUAACUGAAAAUAAUUCAUUGUCUUAUAGAGAUCCUCACAACUACACAGUGGAAACUAUGUAUAUGGAUAUUUUUGAUACACUUGUCAUUUUCUCAGUACGUGUAAACACUGGCUAUGGUUUCUGUUGCCUUUUGCUGAUGUUUUUAUGGUUUGUUUGAUUGCACUAAUGAUGUAAGCAGAGCUGUGGACACGUACAUGGACAGCCUGAAUCAGCAGGUCUUUGGAUAUGAAGGCCUUUAAAAACCUACCAAUAACACGACACCAUCCCUCAGUUUGUCUUAUAUUUGAUACAAACAGACCACAUCCACUCCUUCUGGUUUACGCUUCAUCUUUUGUACAUAUUCUGCUCAUGGUCGACUUGUUCUUAGUUUUCUAGUGAUGUGUCGUCAUUGUAUCGGGGGAAAGUGGGAAUUAUGAAUAUUCCAGUAUAAUAGUGAAGGAGUUUCACAGCUGAUGGCACCAAUCAAGAGGUUUUGACCACACUGUUUUAUUUUCUCUUCUGUUCUUUUCUCUGGUACAUUCAAUUUGUUGAUUUUUGCUAUUAAAAACAAUUGUGUGUCCUCAUCAGGGAGCAUUGUGCACUCACCCUGCAUCCUGGAAUAAA